AAAAAAAAGAAAAUACACAUUGGGCCCCUACUGUGUGCGAGGGCCUGUGCUGGGCACAAGGGGUGCAACAGUGAGUAAAAGCAGCCUUCGCCCCUGCCUCUGAGAGCCGAUGUUUACACCGUGUCUUUGGUGUGUGUCUUUGUGUAUUUAGCCAGUCCCUUCAAAAAAGACCUUGGGUUGUUUUCAGUCCUUGGCAAUUGAAAACAAACCUGUGACCUGUACAAAUGGCACUUAUCUACAGAUGAAUUCCCGGUGGUGUUACAUGGUGAAAGGGUAAGCGGUGGUGUUACAUGGUGAAAGGGUAAGCGUUUGUGUCAUUCUGAUAGAUGUUCUUCGCUUGCCCUCCACCACGGACUGGAGGCGGACCGUUUGCGUGCCUACCAGCCCUGGGCGAGGGGCCUGUCAUCUCACAGCCAGGCCACACCAAGGUGUUGUCCAAGGUUUGGAUUUUUGCCAGUCUGACAGAUGGAUUUGUGGGCGCGGAGAGUUUGUGGAAGGGCCGUGUUCCUGUUGGCAGAGGAAUCUGGCUGCUGAGCCGGGGCGUGUCUCGCAGAGGGCUGCCUGGAUCCCCACUUCGCCGCCAUGCGCCGCCCAGGCUGGUCAGUUACCAGCCAGUGACGUCACCGCACUUCCCGGCCCCCCGCCGGCAGGGCAGGCCCGAUGCUCCAGCGCUGGCCUCCUGGCACCACGCUCAGGCUGUGAGACCUGUCCGUCCUGGGGAGGGGUUCCCUCCGGCCCCCGCUGGCCCCCAGGCUGUGCCCAGUCCCUCCACCCCUGUGUGUCCACGUUUCCUGGCCUCUAAAGUAGAAAUGAUCCAGCCACCCUGGGGUUAUGGAGAGCCGGGGGGGUUGUGCAUGGGGCACCAAGAAUUUAGAAGGCGCUGAGGAAACGGUGGCUGGGAUUCUGUGAAGAGCGAGAACAGCCCAGGUGAAUGUGCACUGAGUCCCCAAAGUGCCAGACACGUUCCCCCGUCCCUGCGCCAUUUCUCUCCCAGGCAGGACGGUGCAGUGUUGAGAGUAGACUCCGGAGCCAGGUGGCCUGGCUUCAAGCCCCAGCCCCGCCACUCGCCUGCCACAGGACCGUUACCAGACUAAUCGGUGCCUCAUGGUCCUCACCUGUGAGGUGGGGGUGAUGACCGCCACUGCAUAGGGUGGCCGUGGGGGUCUAGCAAGUUAAAUGUGCGUGACAUCCCAAGCAGGUCACCUGGCACAUGUGUGGCGACAGUUAGCCCUUUAGCGGGCUCCGGUGUUCCUGCCCUGCCUGUGGGAAAUCUGAGCUGAGUGCAUCACUCCAGGUCUUAGCUGGUUCAGGCCGACUUGAGGUCCUGUGUCUGUCUCCCAGGUGCUCCCAUCGCCCUGCCCUUGGGGAGAACCCAAGCCUAUUUCAUUUCCCCAGCCGCCUGCAGGGCCCCCAGAAUGUUCUUGGUUGUUGGCCAGGUGGACAUCACCAGGAGAGGCUGAGAGUCAACGGGCAGUAGUCCUAGGCAGGGUUAUGGGCUACAGCACAGUCUCCCUGCCCCUUUCCCUCCAGGCUUGUGUCUUUAAGAAGCACGGCCCAGGGCAGGGGCUGGGGAGGCCAGGCGCCCGGGAGACUCCAUCUCCCAUCGUGUCUGAGACAAGGGCUUUAGGGCCCAGCAUGCAUCCCCGUAAGACUGGAGCCCACCAUCCCGCAGGCUUGCUUGCCAGCCCCUUAGCACGCCAGUGCCCAGGCCUGUCCAGUCCCCAGUCUUUUCUGCUGAAAGGCCCCAAGGCUGCUGGGCAUCUGCCGUCUUGGAGCAGCUCCAGACUUGGCUUGCGGAACUGAAUGGGGCUGAGGGGCCCAUGUGCUAGGCAUCGAAUCGUGGGCUGCCGGCCCAGGCCUCACAGGACAGAGAGGCCUGCGUGCCACGUGGCAGAGCUGUCACUUCUGACAACCGUCGCCUGUGCCAGGGCCCGGGCUGGGCCCGCGAUGGCCAUAUGUUGUAGGCAGCCCUGGCUCGGUGCUCGGGAAGCUCCCAGGUGUGUCACAGAGAGCAAAUGGGACUCUGCCCAGACCUCAGCCCCUGGCCUGCCACUCCGUUUCGCAGACCGGCCAGUUCCUGCUGCGGGCUCCUGGCGUCAUCUGGGGAGAACAUGUCCAGGCCCCCUGAGUGCCUGCUGCGGCUGUUCCGGGGCGCCCCGAGACAGCGGGUCUGCACCCUGUUUAUCAUCAGCUUCAAGUUCACGUUCUUCGUCUCCAUCAUGAUCUACUGGCACAUCGUGGGAGGACCCAGGGGCCAAAGAGAGUUCUCUAACUUGCCUGCCGACAUCCCCUGCCCCCAGUUGGUGUCCCCUUCACUGCCCUCCAGCACCCCGCCUCCGGUCAACAUCUUCUUCCUGGAGACAUCAGACCGGACCAGCCCCAACUUUCUAUUCAUGUGCUCAGUGGAGUCAGCCGCCAGGGCCCACCCCGAGUCCCGGGUGGUGGUCCUGAUGAAGGGGCUGCCCGGCGGCAACGCCUCCCUGCCCCGGCACCUGGGCCUCUCGCUUCUGGGCUGCUUCCCCAACGUGCACCUGCUCCCGUUGGACCUAGAGGAGCUGUUCCGGGACACGCCCCUGGCGGCCUGGUACGCGGCCCGGCAGCACCGCUGGGAGCCCUACCUACUGCCUGUGCUGUCCGACGCCUCCCGGAUCGCGCUCAUGUGGAAGUUCGGCGGCAUCUACCUGGACACGGACUUCAUCGUCCUCAAAAACCUGCAGAAUCUGACCAACACGCUGGGCACUCAGUCCCGCUACGUCCUCAACGGUGCCUUCCUGGCCUUCGAGCGCCACCACGAGUUCAUGGCGCUGUGCAUGCGCGACUUCGUGGCCCACUACAACGGCUGGAUCUGGGGCCACCAGGGCCCGCAGCUGCUCACGCGGGUCUUCAAGAAGUGGUGCUCCAUCCGCAGCCUGGAUGAGAGCCACGCCUGCCGCGGCGUCACCGCCCUGCCCUGCGAGGCCUUCUACCCCAUCCCCUGGCAGGACUGGAAGAAGUACUUCCAGGAGGUCAGCCCCGAGGAGCUGCACCAGCUGCUCAAGGCCACGUACGCUGUCCACGUGUGGAACAAGAAGAGCCAGGGCACACGCUUUGAGGCCACGUCCCGGGCGCUGCUGGCCCAGCUCCACGCCCGCUACUGUCCCACGACACAUGAGGCCAUGAAGAUGUACUUGUGAGGGGCCUGCGGGUCGCCCUCCCCCCACCACCAGGCGUCCUGACGGGGAAGGGCUCCUGGCCACCUUUCCUGGGGAGGGGGGCGGCAAGAUGGGAGGACCUGGGAGAGGGAGGCCUGAGUUGCUGCCUAGGAUUCGGGGCAGGCUCUGGGGAGGGUGGGGAGCUCUUGGCCCCAGAGGUGUGCUUGGAGGACGCGCUGCAGGCCCCUGGCCCUGCUCCCUUCAGGGUGAGGCCGGUGGGACACCCCCAGGCCAGUGUGCUUUCUCAGGGUGGAGGCAACAAGUGGGGGGGUCAGCUGGAGUGAGUAUCUGGGGCUUCUGGAUAACACCAGAGCCGUGCACAUCAAAGCAGCUGCCCGGGCAUCACGGGGAGGCCAGGCUGGUGGGGGCCGAGGUGCCCACAAAGAGAGCAUGGAUGGAAAAGCCCCAGAAAAGGGGUAGGAAGGAGAGGAGAGCUCCCGAGGAGAGGGGGAGGCAGCCUGUGGGAGAGCAGGGGUGCACACCCAGCCUCAUGAGCCCGGUUUGGCGGGGCGGGUGCUUUGCUCUUUUCUGCCUAUGAUUUCAUUUUCAGAGGCGCUGAGGCCAGCAGAGCCGGCCUGGGGAGCCCUCUGGGGGAGCCCUGCCUGGUCACCCCAUUCUCUCUCCUUUCCAGAGAUUUGCAAGGGUGACGUGCGCCAGCUGGCCACUCCAGGGCAGGGGGGCGUGGAGCUCUUUUGGCUCAGGAAAAGCAUUUUAAGAAAACCACCCCCCACCUUGCCCACGAUAAACACGGGAUAAUAAAUAUAAUAAAAGUGACUCCUUGACACCGAGUGCUUGGUGGUUGAUAAAACGAA